AUGUAUACCUUGAAGAAGUUCUGGGUGGUUGUUGAUGAUGAUGGUAAACAUCUCGAUGCUGCUUACUCCAAUGGAUAUCAAGAUCCACCACUAGUGAACCUGACAAUGGAGCCACAACCGGUUCUGGAAGGCAGCACGGUGAGGUUUCGGUGCACUGCCAAAGCGAAUCCUGCCGUCAGCCUGUACAGGUGGGCGAAGGGCGGCCAGGUGUUGCGGGGAGUGCAGGGUGACACCUAUGAGACGGUGGUGGACUACACCUUCUUCACAGAGCCCGUGUCGUGUGCUGUGUCCAACCCGCUGGGAAGCACCAACAUCAGCAGGACUGCCGACGUCUACUUCGGACCCCGGCUGACCUCCGAACCCCAAUCGCUGGCCGUGGACCUGGGGUCAAGUGGUGUCUUCAACUGUGCCUGGAUGGGAAACCCAUCUCUCACCAUCGUGUGGAUGAAGCGAGGUUCUGGUGUGGUUCUCAGCAAUGAUAACAUCAUGACCCUGAAGGCCGUCACCCAGGAGGAUGCUGGGAAGUACGUCUGCCGGGCUGUCGUGCCGCGAGUUGGUGCCGGCGAGAGGGAGGUCAGCCUGACCGUUAAUGGGCCUCCCAUCAUCUCCAGCACGCAGAUGCAGCAUGCCCUGCAGGGGAAGAAGGGCCAGAUCAAGUGCUUCAUUCGUAGUACACCUCCUCCCGACCGAAUAGCCUGGUCAUGGAAGGAGAACGUUCUGGAAUCAGGGACCUCUGGGCGUUACACAGUGGAGACGGUGAGCAUGGAGGAAGGAGUGAUCUCCACACUGACCAUCAGCAACAUUGUACGUGCCGACUUCCAGACCAUCUACAACUGCACCGCCUGGAACAGCUUUGGCUCCGACACGGAGAUUAUUCGACUGAAAGAACAAGAGGCCCUCUCAUUGGCAGUCGUUAUUGGUGUGGCCGUCGGAGCUGGAGUGGCGUUCGUCGUGGUCUUUGCGACCAUCAUGGUCAUCUGCUGUUCACGUUCACAGAGAAUCAGCUCGGUGGGGGGAGAAAGUAAAGAAAGCCCAGUCGAGAGCAGAGUCAGCCCGACCGUGAGCAGAAAAGCGGACAGGCCCGUGAGAGAAGCGGAGAGAAGCCGAGAAGCUCGGUCGCAAGGGACGGCCGAGAGCGGGGAAAGCCUGGACGUGAAAAGAAGUCCAGCCCCGAGCGAAGAGUGGGUCCACGCGAGAGAAGGAGGACACAGCACUGAAGCACUUCAGCCCGGUUGGGAGCAGACGGGGACCAGCAGCAGAAACGAGCAGCGACUCACCUUCACCUUCCGCAGGCUGACCACGGGAGUCAGCGACGAGCCGUGCAGCGGGUCCAGUAGCAGCCAGGAGGGCUGUGGAGACAGCGGGCAGGCAAGUCGGCGGAGCAGUGGUGGAGAGGAAGGUCAGCAGGCAAGCAAGCCAGCAGUAGCAUCGGAGGUCCGUAGUGGCCAGCGGUGUUUAAAAGUAACAGUGAAGCCCGGGGGGGAGCCAGCUAAAGCAGCACUGGAUGUCGAGGAUUCACCAGAGUCCACAGGCCAUGUUAAGGGUGACGUUUCUGCCAAGAAUGAGAUCCGUGUGGAGAUUGUCCACAAUGGGGCCCAGCAGCCAGGAGAACAGGCAGCGAUCCAAAACGUGAUGAUUAACAGGGGAGAAUUCGAGCAGGACCCUGUGUUGAAACAGCUGGAAGUCCUCAAGGAAGAAGAGAAGGAAUAUCAGCAUAUCAAGGAUCCCACCAACGGCUACUACAGCGUCCACACCUUCCCCGAGCUGCGUGCAGCAGGUGGGAGCGGCACGGCGGCAUGCCCGCCCGACCAGCGCCCACCCGCCAAGCAGCGUGUGCCCACGGGCAUGUCCUUCUCCACCCUGUACACGCAGCUGAGCGCGGCCAACCGCAUGUACGAGUACGGGCAGCGCUUUGUGUUGGGCAACGGCAGCAGCUCCAUCGAGCUGUGCGAGCGGGAGUACCAGCGAGGCUCCAUGAGCGACAGCAACUCCUUCCUGGACAACCAGUGCAACAGCAGCAUCAGCAGCACCAGCAAGCAGGACAGCUCCGUCCAGUUCGACGAGGCCAGCAAGGCGUCCGCCUCCUCCCACUACUCCCACUCCUCCUCCCAGAACUCAGACUUAACUCGCCCACUGCAGAGGAGAAUGCAGACCCACGUCUAGCGACCCCCCCCCCAAAAAAAACCACGCUUCCCCGCCCUCCUCCCCACCCCCACCCCACACCUCCACAUGGCUGCAGCUUCCGGCCCUGGAGAUGGGGUCUCAAGGUGGGCUCAUCCCAGGUCAUGUUCUUCCAGGCCACUCUCUCCCCCUCUCCCACAACUCCACUGCCACACCUCUCUGGACCAACGGCCCUCCCCCUUCCAUUGACAACCCCCCCCCCCCCCCUCGCUCCGCCAAGGAGCCCCCGACCCUCAAUAACCACAGCCUCUGCUCCUCCUCCAUCUCUGGUCUGGACCCAUCGCUGAAGGGAUGGAGGUGUCACCGUCAGCCACAGAUCAUUCCUCGGCAUCUCGUAGCAUGGUGGAGAACGGCAAGCCAAACUGCUCCAGAACUUUUCACAAAGAAACGGCAGAUGCUGGUUUAUACCGAAGAUAGACACAGACAUUCUGGAGUUGGUCGUGGACACCAAGUGCUGGAGUAACUCAGCAAUAUCUCCGGAGAACGUGGAUGCGUCGGCGUUUGAAGGAGGGUCCCGGCCCGAAAAGGCCGCCCAUCUUUUCUCUCCAGAGAUGCCGCCUGACCCGCUGAGUUACUCCAGCACUUUGUGUCUAGGUCCUUCUCCAGAACUUCCUUCUCCAAGUGAAAGCAGACAACCUGUUGGGUCAAACGACAACCCAGAGCCACGCACUGGCCGUGAAACACCCCACGAAGCUGCUGCCCCCACCCAGGGGUGGUCCGUGCCUGGGCAUCUGGGCAGGAGACCCUUCCGUCUUCUGUGCGCCGUGGACCGAUCUCCACCUUCUGAGCCGAGCUGCCAACUUUGUGGCCUUGUGAAGGUCAACGCCGACAGACUGAAGAACGUUCGGCCAGUAACUGCGGGUGAAGUUGUGUUUGUUCAGCUGUGCAGCCUCCGUGUGUGAAGAGUGAGCAGGUCCGGGACGCACGGUCUGACCUCCACAGCCUGAGGCUCGACCCCUGUGAAUCCUCGAUGGGCUUCAGUGUUUUCAUGGUCUUCCUACCCCCUCGAGUGUGGAGUCCUGCACUGAAUGGCCAGCCAUAGCUGUCUCCCAUCCCUCUGUUGUUCCCCAUGCUAUGCCCCCUCCCAGCUCCUCCCCCCGCACGGUGACCAAGGAGAGGUCCACACGGACACACAUGCCUGCUCCCCCUCACGGCGGCGUGACAUGUGGAACAGGCACUGCAGCACUCGGUCACAGCUGGUCAUAUAUCAGCCCAGUAACACAGGGACCCCCGCACCCCUCACCCCUUCAUGCCCAGUUACUGACCCCUGACCCCUCCAUGCCCAGUUACUGACCCCUGACCCCUCCAUGCCCAGUUACUGACCCCUGACCCAUCCGUGCCCAGUUACUCACCCCUGCCCCGUCCAUGCCCAGUUACUAACCCCUGACCCCUGUGACCCUGAUCCCUUCCACACAAAUCCUCACACACAAUCUCUCUCUCUCUCUCUCUCUCUCACACACUAACACAGUCUCACA